AAUAGUUCCUCUCCCUCUGACAUUUAUAUAAACCCAGCGAACCUCCACACCACCCCCAUUUCAGAAGUCUCAACUAAAAAGUAUGGAUUUCUCUAGCUCCCUGCCUCCCUCACUUUCUCCAUUAUACACCUCCCCCUUCAUCCCCAACUCCUCCUUCCCCUCCGCCUCUCCAUACAUCUCUCCUUCCCCCAGCCUGGCCUCAACCGCUCUCUUCUGCUCCCUCCUGUCCCUCCUGGCUCUCCUGGGCAUUGGGGGGAACCUCUACACCAUGGGUCUCCUCAUCAGACGCAGGAGAGGCAGAAGGAGGCGAGGAUGUUCUAGCAACUGUUUAGGAGGGAGAGGAGUACCGUUACCAUCCUGCCUCUCCUCCUCUCCCCCCUCCCUCUCCCCUUCCUCCUCUCCCACCUCCUCCUCCUCUUCCUCCACCUCCCUCCAUCUCCAGGUUCUGAGUCUAGCUCUGGCAGACCUCCUCUACCUCUUCACGGCUCCCUUCAUCGUGUACGACAGCCUGGCGGCUGACUGGGCGUUUGGGGAGCUGGGCUGUCGCCUCCUCUUCAGCCUGGACCUGAUCACUCUGCACGCCUCCAUCUACACCCUCACCGCCAUGAGUCUGGACCGCUAUCGGGCUGUGGCCAACCCCCUGGCCACCUCGUCCUCCCCCUCCUCUGGGCUGCUCCGUGUGGGCCUAGCCUGGGGCCUGGCGGUGGCCCUCAGCCUGCCCAUGAUGAUCACCCUCCACCUGGAGGAUGGAGACGACGGACAGCUGUGUGUCCCUGCCUGGGACGAGCAGAGCUCCAAAGUGUAUAUGAGCGUGCUGUUCUGUACCAGUAUGAUAGGGCCGGGGCUGGCCAUCGGGGCUCUGUAUGCUACUCUGGGCCGUCUCUACUGGGUGUCCCAGACCCGGCCCUGGGACAGUGGUAGUGGGGGUAGCACGUCCUACCCUCCGCGGGCCCCAAGGCCCAAGGUCCUGCUCCUCAUCCUGGGGAUAGUUCUGGCCUUCUGGGCCUGUUUCUUGCCCUUCUGGGUGUGGCAGCUGCUGCCGCUAUACCGGCCCGACAUGCUGCGGACAGUACCGGUGGGUACCCAGGUGACGGUGAACCGGAUCCUAACGGGGCUGACGUACGGGAACUCUUGCGUGAACCCAUUCUUCUACACGCUGCUCACAGGGGGGAAACGACGGAGGAACAGGCAGACACCGACAUCAGCGAAUCAGCUCUGCCGCAAGAGCAGUCCGCAGUAGUGUUCGUGACAACACAGACAGUCCGGUAUAAUAGACUGCUCUGGGGGCUGGUGGGGUGCUGCUUACAAACUGUCCGAUUCAAACACCCCCGUCAAUAUCAAAGGGCAUUUCACUGUGUGAUUGUUACUCCGUAAGGACUAUACCAAAGACAGCACUUCGUAUGCACGUUUGUGACUGGACCAUAUUUCCUAUUUGGAGAUUAAAAAUGUGACGGGCUGAGCGAAAAUACCAAAGCUUCAAAACUUGAGAAAUAUCUCAUUGAUUGUAUGAAUUCACAAAAAUACAUCCACAUACGGGCCAUGAGUGGAGUAUGACAACAGAGAAGCAGCGUUUGUGUGUUAUGUUAUCAUUUAGGGGGCUUUAGUGGACCCGCGCAUUUCCAGUAAAAUGACACACUUCUAUCAGUCUGGAAUGUCAUCAAAGAAAAUGUUUUGCUUUUGAACAGCAACUGAUUGUCACUGGCCAUGACAUAUUUGGAGAUUUUUCUUUAAAAAGUUGUUUAUUGACACAGAGAAUGAUGUUUGAGGGGGUAGAGAGGACCUCGUUUCAUGGACCCUUAAAGUUUGAUAUGCACCCCUAAAGUCAGAACUUUUUUUAUUAGCAAUACCUGCAUGGUGGGUUUGGACUUAUUUUGUAAUGAACUCUGCAAUGCUUUGCAUGGUGACGAUGACGCCUGUAUUUAUAUCCAGUUUGGUGUGUAUAAUAUGACAUAAUAUAUCAAAUCAAAACAUGCUUUAUAUACUAGAGUCUAUGUCACAGGCUUUCUGUUCCCUAGAGGAGAGGAUGUGUUCCUCCUGACCCCUCAGAAAAGAACACAACAGAACUGAAAACACAGAUCUCAUACCCACGGUUUUAUGGUAUUUAUGACAAUAGCAGACGAGGGGAGAGAAAGAGGGAUGGCCAGAGAGAGAGAGACAGUGAGAAAAAGAGGGACGGCCAGAGAGAGUGAGCAAAGAGAUGUAGAGGGAAGGAGGGGAACAGAAGGCGAGAAGAAGGAGCGACAGAAAAAGAGAGAAAAAAGUGAAAAGAGCGAAGGAUAGGCCAAGAAGAAAGUGCUGAGUGGAAAAAUCCCUGGAUUUGAGUUUGCACUCAUACUUUUAUUUGUGUGUCUGUGUCAGCGUGUCUGUAAGUCUCUCAGGUCUUCCCCUUCCCUGUGUGUGUUCGUUGGGCAGCCUCUCUCUCUGUGUCUCCUUGUAGCAACAGCGUGCCUGUCUGUGUCUGACUCAAACACUGACUGUACUGUACACCCAACAAAACCCUGUGGCUCUUUGAUGCAGAUGAGCAAAUAUUGUUGUUUGACAGAGAGGA